AUGCCUAUUUACCCGUAUUCCAUUGACUCAUCCUGCAUUGGUCCAGAGACCGGCUCGAAUUUCGAGACGGCCACAGUUGGUCUCAGACGAUACAGCAAGGUUUGUUUUAAAGUCUUUCUGUAUGAAGAUCCUGUUUGUUUCUCUGCGGUAUCUUGCAACCAUUUGGCACAAUUCCAGCAACUGCCUCAGAUCUGGAGAUAUGGAAAUCUUCUCAUCGUAUUGGUGGUAUUGAUGCCCCUGGUUGACGAGGUGAAGAACCUGCUUGUCCUCGCGAGACUUCCUCCUCUUCCGAACAAAUCCUUUAGGAUGUCCCAUCUCAUUGGGAUCUACCUUUUGCUGCACAAUCCCAUCCCAAUGAAUCCCAUCACACAAAAUCCAAGAAUCAUCUCCACAAACCAAGAUCCUGCACCUUCGGAGAAUAUCUUCCUUUCUCUUCAGUUCAUGCAAAUGCAAAGAAGUAUUGAAAGGAAUGAACAGGCCCUCACGUGGUCGAAUACCGGAUGCCGGAUGCCGGAUGACGUGGAAAAUGUGUUGUUCGACCGGGUCUCCACUCUCUCCACGGCUUUGAAUAUUUUCAACAUGAACGAACAGGAAAGCGGAUUAAUGUGUGGAGCUUGGGUUGGUGAGAAGGCAGAAGAAGAAGGCAGGUUCGAAGCACCGAUACAUGACUGCGUCGAGAGUCGAUCGGAGUGCGAAAAUUUCGUCAUUGCGCAAGACAGCAAAAAGGUAAAUUGA